GCUCUUGACAGAGCACGCAAGGAAGGAAGAAAGGGUGGGAAGCUGAUAAAAGAGAGUAGUUGUCUUUGCAAUCUCGGUCUUGGGUUCCAUUCUUGAUUCCACAUUGUUUUAUUUAGCUAGCAAGCAAAGAAAGCAAAAAUGUUUAUUGAGAAGUUUAAGGUUGAGAGUCCUAACGUUAAGUACACUGAAGAUGAGAUUCACUCCGUGUACAACUACGAAACUACUGAACUUGUUCAUGAGAACAAGAACGGUUCUUAUCAGUGGACUGUCAAGCCCAAAACUGUCCAAUAUGAAUUCAAGACUGAUAUUCAUGUCCCUAAACUAGGUGUUAUGCUUGUGGGGUGGGGCGGAAACAAUGGUUCAACUCUCACUGGUGGUGUUAUUGCCAACAGAGAAGGAAUCUCCUGGGCAACUAAGGACAAGGUGCAACAAGCCAAUUACUUUGGCUCACUUACCCAGGCAUCAAGUAUCAGAGUUGGGUCCUUCAAUGGAGAGGAGAUUUAUGCUCCAUUCAAGAGCCUGCUCCCCAUGGUGAACCCAGAUGAUAUUGUAUUUGGGGGAUGGGACAUAAGUGACAUGAACUUAGCAGAUGCCAUGGCGAGGGCCAAGGUAUUCGACAUUGACUUGCAAAAGCAAUUGAGGCCCUACAUGGAAUCCAUGGCGCCACUCCCUGGAAUUUACGACCCUGAUUUCAUUGCUGCCAAUCAAGGCUCACGUGCUAACAAUGUUAUCAAAGGCACUAAGAAAGAACAAGUCCAGCAAAUUAUCGAAGACAUUAGGGAGUUCAAGGAGAAAAACAAGGUGGACAAGGUGGUUGUGUUGUGGACUGCCAACACAGAGAGGUACAGUAAUAUUGUUGUGGGGCUGAAUGACACCAUGGAGAACCUCUUGGCUGCUGUGGAGAAGGAUGAAUCAGAGAUAUCCCCAUCAACCUUGUAUGCUCUGGCUUGCAUUUAUGAAAAUAUUCCUUUCAUAAAUGGAAGCCCACAGAACACUUUUGUUCCAGGACUUGUUGAUUUGGCUAUUAAGAGGAACAGUUUGAUUGGUGGAGAUGACUUUAAGAGUGGUCAGACCAAGAUGAAAUCUGUUCUGGUUGAUUUCCUUGUUGGGGCCGGUAUUAAGCCAACGUCAAUAGUGAGUUACAACCAUCUGGGAAACAAUGAUGGCAUGAAUCUAUCAGCACCUCAAACUUUUCGGUCUAAGGAAAUCUCCAAGAGCAAUUUUGUUGAUGACAUGGUCUCUAGCAAUGGCAUCCUCUAUGAGCCUGGUGAACACCCUGAUCAUGUUGUAGUAAUCAAGUAUGUGCCAUAUGUUGGAGAUAGCAAGAGAGCUAUGGAUGAGUACACCUCGGAGAUAUUCAUGGGUGGGAAAAACACUAUAGUGCUGCACAACACCUGUGAAGACUCCCUCUUGGCUGCACCAAUCAUCCUCGACUUGGUUCUUCUUGCAGAACUUAGCACAAGGAUCCAGCUCAAAGGCGAAGCAGAGGGCAAGUUUCACUCUUUCCACCCAGUUGCUACUAUUCUCAGUUACCUCACAAAGGCUCCUCUUGUUCCACCAGGCACACCAGUGGUGAAUGCACUGUCAAAGCAACGUGCAAUGCUUGAGAACAUCCUUAGAGCUUGUGUUGGGUUAGCUCCUGAGAACAACAUGAUUUUGGAAUACAAGUGAGCUAGUAGAAGAUAACAGUGGAAGAAGAUUGGUCUAGGAACUAAAACAGACAACCAUUUUUCCUUUCUCUUUCACUAAUCCUGUGGUUAAGAGAUGCUUUUUCCAUAUAUAUAAAUGUAAUAGUUGUGUGAUAUUAAUGUUAUGUAUGGAGUUUGUUGUUUAUUUCAUGUAGCCCGUUUGCUCUGGUUCUCUGAUGACCAAGCACCUCUUUCUAUUGGAAAAGGAAAGUAUGCAUGUAAACUGUUCAUAAACUGUGUUUAUCACAGCGAAGUCGUGUAGUUAUUUCAGUGCAUACCAUUAAACUAUAGUUUUCUUCCCUUCUGAA